UUUUUAUUUCAUUAAAUUCAUGCAACAAUAAAUCUCAUCAAUCAGAAAAUGGCUUGGUUCUAAACACAACAACUCAUUUCGAUUUAUGUCUUAUAAUAUUUUAGCUGAUUCAUUAUUACAAGAUAAUGAAAAACAAUUAAAAUCAUAUGAAUGGAAUACUAGAUGGCCCUUAAUCUUUUCAUAAAUUAAAAAGUAUAAACCAGACAUUCUUUGUCUCUAAGAAUUAGAUUAUGAUGAAAAAGAUUUAACCUAAUUAUUGAUUUAAGAUAAAUAUGAAAAACUUUACUUAAAAAGGACUCAAGAAAAUUAAAAAGAUGGAUGUGCUCUUUUUUAUCUCAAACAAAAAUACAAAUUAAUCAAAACUUAUAAUAUUCAUUUAAAAUAAGAAAAUUUAUUUUAUAAUUCAAAAUCGAGAAUAGAUAAACCAAAUGUAUGUCUUAUUACUGUUUUAUAAGACAUUAAUGACCCAAAUCCACUCAUUAUUGCUAAUUCUCAUUUAAUUUUUAACAAAAAUAGAGGAGAUUUAAAACUAUGUCAAAUUUAAUUAAUUAUGCUUGCCCUUUAAACCUUACAAUUUACAUAUUAGAACUCAAAAAUUAUUUGGUGUGGAGAUUUCAAUCUAACACCUAAUAGUGCUUUAUAUUCCUAUAUUUCUUAAGGCUAAUAAUAAUUUAGUAGACUAAAUCCUAAAAGAAUUAGUGGAUAAUAUAAUAUCUCUUAUCAUCCUAUUGAUUAUAUAUAGGAUAGAAUUAAUGUUCAGAAAAAAUGUGGUGAAUUCAAUAUAUAAUAUGAAGAACAAGAUUAUGAUUAUGAAUAUGAUUUGUAUGUUUAAGCCUUGAGAUGCUAAAUUAUUAAUGAUACUAUUUCAUUUCAUCAAGCAGAAUUAAAUCCAUAUCCUAUUGUAGAAACACCUAUUAAAUUUAGAAGUGUUUAUGCAGAUUUUUAAAGAAAGAAAAGUAAAGAUUUAAAUGACUUUUAUGCUAAAUGGUCUACUUAUGAACCUUUAAUUACUACAAUGUCAUCAUCCUAGGUUGGUUGUGUAGAUUAUAUUUGGAUUAACAAAUUGUAAAUAGCAUAAGUAUUAUAAAUACCAACUGUAAAAGAUUUAAUUGAAAAUCCUAUAGUAAACUCUGAAGAAGGAAGUGAUCAUCUUGCGUUAGUAUGUGAUCUUUAUUGAUCUAAUAUUUAUUUUAUGGGAC